AUGCUGUCGGUCCGGACGCUGAUAUUGCGCUCCUCUCGCGGCGCGUUGUUGGCGUCGCAGCGCCUACACUCUCUUCAGCAUGUAGCUGCCGCGUGUGCACAUCCACUUGCGUUUCUUACGUCGUCUAAUUCUCUUUCCAACCGCCGCAAUUGCUCGUCAUCGGGCCAGUCCAAGUCCACUGACGCUCUCCACGCCGCUGCCGCCGCUGAGAAGCCCGCACUUACAGUCGAACAGAUCCUGAACCAUGUAUCCAUCAUGGAGCAGUGGACAUGCAGUGGUUGUGGCAUUGAACUGCAGUACAAGGAGCCCAAACAGGUCGGAUACUUCCCCAAGCAGCUGCUGAGCAAUGUACAGGACCUCAAGGAGCUCAAGCGGCUGCGCUGCGAGCGCUGCUUCCAGAUGACACAAUACGGCAAGAUAUCAGACACCAAGAUGCCGUAUCAGGAGUACGAGCGACGCGUCAUGGAGCUGCGCAGCAAGGACAUGCUCAUGAUCCAGCUGGUGGACAUCCUCGACAUUUCCGGCAGUCUGUUACCCAAGGCGCGUCACAUCUUCGGCAAGAAGCCUGUCAUGCUCGUGGUCAACAAAGGAGAUCUGGUGCCCACCAAGUCGGGUAUCAGAAGACUUAUGAGGAGGAUUAAGCAGGAGGCCAAGGAUGCAGGGAUUGACAACCUGAUCUCCAUCUACUUAAUCAGUGCCAUGAAGCGUAUUGGAAUGAAGGAGAUCGUGGAAGAUGUAGCCAAGUACCGGCAAAACCGCGAUAUCUGCGUGGUGGGCGCUGCGAAUGUAGGCAAGUCGACGUUCCUCAACUCGUUCCUGUCUCACUUAGUAGACCGCAAGUGGCAGCACAACCAUCGCAAGUACAUGAAGAUGUCGGAGGUGCAGUUAUCCGAGUUGGAGGACGAUGAGACGGCGACGAUGCUGAACAUUGAUGACGAAUUAUUGGCCGAAGCCAAGGCUGAACGGGAAAAGGAAGCAGCAAUGGAAGGUGAACAAACCGUCAAAACUCCACACGGUGAGCUGUACGUUGCCCCAGGCGAAGACCCGGAAAUGAUCGAGACCAGUUCUGAGGAAGAUCGCGAGAUGACCACGUCGCCUCUGCCCGGUACGACCCUGGCCGUCCAGUAUCUGCCUGUUAUGGUACGCAACGAGGUAUUCAACAUCCUCGACACUCCUGGUUUGAUCACGGACUCAAAGCGACAGAAGCUCGUAGAAGUCCUUGCUCUGGAUGGUGCCGCCAAGCUCAAGAACGUGUUCCCGACCAAGCAGCUACCAGUUACAACGUAUCGCGUUCGUCCCGGUCGAAGCUUGUUCCUUGGGGCUCUUGCCCGCUUCGACUACGAGACUCUCGGAAAGGAUAGCGACAAGAAUUUCCUGCUCUUGUCAUGGUACGGCGUGCUGCCUGGACACCUCACCAGCACGGAACGUGCCGAAGAUACGUUUGUGAAGCACGCUGGUGGCAUCCUCUCACCGCCUCGUGGACUGGAUGCUAUGAGCUUUACCGGUCCACUUACGCUGUCCCAGAACGUCUACUUGAAGGACUAUAUGCUCGACAGUGUGCUGACCAAGUCCAAGCACAAGAAGCCCAAGCGUACGACCGUAGUGGAGCUGGAAGUGCCAGGCUUCGGGUGGCUAUCCGUCACAGCCGUAGACCUGGACGGCACGGCAGCGUCUCAGAAGACGCUAAACCAGGGCAAGAUCUCCGUCCACACGUGCCGUGGGCUCUCUGUCGUGCCGCGUGCGCCGCUCUUCCCGUACGAACUGUCAGACUCGAAGAGUGCGACUUGGAAGCGCUAA